CGACGUCACUGCUUGCAUUAUUGGCAUUAGCCGUUUGCAAAUAAGGACUCACUCGAGUCCACCUGUGGCCUUACCUUGCGUAACUUACUAUUAUAGUGUGAUGGGAAGCCACCACAGCCAUGAAGAGAAGGGUGACAAGCAGGAAAAGGGGGGAAGCGGGCUGAACACGCCGCGAGGGGGUUCUCGGCGCGGGACCGUCACAUCUGUGCCAAGAUCGGGUUCUGGAGCUGAUAUCCAAGAGCCAGAGAAGCCUCAGGCCUCCAUGGUGCCCGUGGAGAAACUUGGAAAGCUUCUCGCGCAAAGAUCUCAAAAAGAAGAUGGAGUUAACGGCGUUACAGAGAAAUCGUUUACAAAAUACCUGUUCCCCAUGUACCCAGAGCUGGCCCACCAGUUCUACGCAUACAUCCACAAAGUGGGCAACUGCAAGAAUCAGCACAUCCCGGCCUCCGUCUUCAGAGUGCAGUGUGAGAAGAUACUCAGCAUGUUGGACGAUGCGGCCAUUAUAGAAACUUAUGUCAGGAUGUUUUCCCUAGAAGAGGAAGAAGAAGGAACAGUAUCAGCGGCGGCACUACGCGCUCUGCUUUACACUAGCUAUAAAUUAUCCAUGGACCACUACCCUGAUGGGCCGCAGACCUGUCUUGCGAUAAACAAGGUGUUAAAUUCGGUGGUGAACGGCUGCUUCAACAAGAAGGACUCCCAUUCUGUGGGUUUUGUGGUGCGCUGGCUGGAGCAGCAUUGCCACCGUCUCAUCUUUCCUGUACACAGAUACUGCGUCCACAUGCUCGCCACCCGACACCGCGACAUCUCCGCGCACGUGGAGUCCGACGGGGCCGGCGCGGGACUCGAACUGGCGACCCCGGUUCUAGAACGAGCGAGGGCUGGAGUUGGCAACUUACUGCCCGCUAGUGGGGCCUGGUUGUUAGCUGGUACCGCCCCUCCGCUCUAUAGUAGACCGGUACAGCCUCCCCCACUGCCGCAACACGAUUUGUCAUCAACAAGCGAUCCACAGACAGGUGCCCUCGCGUCAACAGCGUGGUUGGCGCGGCUGGUGUGCGCGCUGCCGUCGCACUGGGCGCCGCUGUACAACUCCAACGAGCACGGGCUCGGCGCUAACAGAUUCCUACACCACACACUCAACUACAGGGGCCCAACGCUGGUGGUGGUGGCCGGUGGCGAGGACCUGAAGGUGGUGCUGGCGUGUCCGCAGGAGUGGCGCGACACGCACCAGUACUGGGGCACGCCCGACUGCGCCCUCAUACAGCUGUUCCCCACGUUCUCAAUAGUGGAACACGCGCCUAAAAUGAUCUACCUGAACACUUCCAUCCGCGGCUACCCCAAGGGCCUGCGCGCGGGCAGCGACCCUCGCAAGCCUCUACUCGUCAUCGAAGAGGGCUUCGACAAGAUGUCUUUUAACAGCGUGCCUUAUUCGUUGCGAGCGAUUGAGGUGUGGGGCUGCGGCGACCAGGCCUCAAGAGAAAUUCAGCUCGAAGUGAAAAAGUGGCAAGUGAGAGAAGCUGAGAGGCAACGACAGGUGAAGCUGUCAGCGGCCGACUGGAUCGAGCACCCGGACCGGUACCUGCUCGAGCUGGCCGGCCGACCACAAUAUAAUAACUCGGCUAAGUAGGACACUGGCUAAAUUCUCAUUUAUGGUGUUUCGUUAUUCUUUUUAUCCCAUAGUUAAGAGUGGAUGGGACAAAAACAACAAAACACUAUGGACGGUGCGAGAACGAAAGAGACGGUGGGUGUUCUCAUGCAAGUUUUUGCAUCAUGUAUUUGCCUUAAGCAUCUAGUGAGUACACAAAGGAAUAAUAUGGUAUAUAAAGUACUUAGCGUAAACUAUUGUGGUUACAAAACUGAAAGAUGGCGUUAAACCUAUCUACUUUAACGGUAAAAUUUGAGGCCCUAAUGUUUUGCAAAAAAUUGUAUUCCUUUGUUUGUAAGAUAGUAAUUUAAUUAAUAAUUAUGAUCUAGAUUUUCUACGGUUAGUAGAGAGGUAUUAUGAGAUGUUUAAAAGUAUAUUGAGCGUUUUGGAAGUGAUCGAAAGAGCACAAGUAUUUCAGCGUUCAAAGUGUGAAAAUGUGAUUAUCAAUUUAUGUGACAUUUAGUAGUUUAUAGUUCAACAUUUAUCAUAAUAUAUAUUAUCAUAAUAUAUAUCAAAUUUAAUAUAAAGGUAAAAAAACUUAGUUCGAGCUCCUCUUGUAUGUAAUUGUCAAUUGUUUGGAAAGUAGUUCCGUAUUUGGAGAAUAUAUAAUAUGACGCAAGGUUUGCGGACUUAUUAUUUACUAAGGAAGUUUGAAUAAUCUUGAAUUCUGACCACUUAAAAUCAAUUUUUUAUGAAGAUUAAUUAGAAGUAGUUGUCAAUGUAAAGUAAUUUAUCAAACUUUUCCAGGUCGCACCAAUCUACAAGGUUUUUGCAAAAAAUCCAAAUAUAUUCCAAUUAAUCCAGCUUUAAUGAUUCAUUUAAAUACAAGUCACAUUUCACGAAAGUGCAAUCUAAUUUGAACCUUAAAUCGGAAUGCUAAAGUUGAAAUUCUAUUGGCGCGUAU